CCUUAAAUGCCAACCUUGCCUGCCCAACCGCAGCAGCUGUUGAGAAUUGCACUGUGAAGCUGUUUGCAUUGGCACCGCGCUAGUCCCGGCAACCCCGCAGCCUCAUUACCCUGCCACUCCGCACCACCUCCACAACACACCGCAAGCCCAGCGCAGCCUCCACCUCCACCAGCAGCCGAAUGGCCUCCAACUCGCCCCAUAGCCGCCGGUGUCGCCGGCAGCAGCAGCAGCAGCCGCUGCCGGCCAUGCUACUGCUGGCGGCGGCGCUGCUGGCGGCGGCCGCGCCGUCGGCGCUGCUGGCGGCGGCCCAGUCCCUGCCCGACAAGGGCACGUGUGUGGCCACGGCGGCCUCGCAGCAAGACAACCUGAACGUGCUGGCGCCGUGUGUGGGCGGGCCCACGGCCUCCUGCUGCUCCACUGUCAACGGCUUCGCCGGCCCCGGCGCCCCGCUGGCCUACUGCCUGUGCUACCCCGACCUGCUGGAGCAGCUGCUGCAGACGGUGGAGUCCAACAGCCUGGCCCAGCGCUUCGGCGUCAACCGCAACCUCGUGUCCUCCGUGCUGAACUCGUGCAACAUCCCCAACGCCAACAACGCCGGCUCCUGCCCCGCCACUCCCGGCGGCGGCGGCCCCGGCGUGUCUGUCACCGCUCCCGGCACCACCGUCGGUGUGGCCCCGGGCGGUGCCACCUCCGUCACCGCCCCCGGCACCACUGUGAACGCCGGCCCGGGUGGCACCUCUGUCACCGCGCCCUUCACCAACGUCAACGUGGGUGGCCCUGGCAAGCCCGGCCCCGCCGCUGCCCCCGCCGGCGGCGCCCGCCCUGGCCCCGCGCCGCCGCAGCCUGCUUCGUCUGGCGGCCGCCCGCCCUUUGGCAGCCGCAUUGUCAAGGCGCUGGAGCGCUACUGCGACACCCACCCCUGGCACCCGGCCUGCAGCAAGUAGACGAACACGAACAGCCGUGUUUGUCCGGGUGUGCGUGGCCUAGACUGCAUGUGCGAGGCGCGCAUCACGUGUCCCACCGCAUGCGUUAGUUGUUAGGCCGCCCAGAGCCGCUCGAGGCAGCAGGGGCUGGGUAUGUGGUUCACGGGAGAACAGGCGGCCGUACAUAAAUUUGCGGUGGCUGAGGGGUGCUACUGCGGCGGCGACUGUCGGGGCCUGCGGUUUUCAUGUUUACAGUUUUGAAAGUUGCCGUAGCUUUUGAGGGACGUUACGACACCACAUCCGGGUGCGGUGACUGUGGCCUGGCGUGGCGACGGGGGCGAUGGCCUCCGUUGCACUUCAUCAUGACAGACA